UUCGUCAAAAUGGCAAAGAAUGACGUUUUGAACACAGACUUGAUUAUAAUUGACAAAUAUACUAAGUUUCCAAACAAAGCUUGGGAGCGUUUACAAGUGAAGUCUAAAUAUACAUACAUACAGCCUGAAAACCGCCUGGACCCAAGCACACCAGUGACCUCUGAUAAUGUACGAAUUGUUUGUAUAUCUGACACCCAUAGUAAAGUAGAAAGCAGGGACCCAACGAUGAUACCAAAUGGAGACAUUUUACUGCAUGCUGGAGAUUUCACCAUGAAGGGGGAACCAAAUGCUGUUAAUGUAUUUAACAGAUAUUUAGGUCAGUUACCUCAUAAGCACAAGGUUGUGAUUGCUGGCAACCAUGAAAUUUCAUUCGAUAACGUAAUCAUGAGCAAACCUUCCUUGGACCCAUUGUUAGGGUCCAUGAAAAAAUAUAAGGAUCAAAUGGCAAAUCUAGGUGUUAAAUGUGUGAAAGAACUAAUGACAAAUUGUAUAUACCUGGAAGAUGCUAUGGUCAACCUGUAUGGAAUCAAUAUCUAUGGUUCACCAUGGCAGCCAGCAACUGCAUUUGGUCGAUGGGGCUUUAACCUGUGUAGAGGUGAGCCUCUGCUACAGAAAUGGAAAAACAUACCAAAAGAGACGGAUAUACUGAUAACACAUACUCCCCCAGUAGGGUAUGGAGAUAUUGAGAAGGGAGGUAACCAUGCUGGAUGUGUGGAGCUUCUCAGUGUUGUACAGAAGAUAGUAAAGCCCAAAUACCAUGUAUUCGGACAUAUACAUGAAGGAUAUGGAAUGUCAACAGAUGGAUGUACAACAUUUGUCAAUGCUGCAACGUGUACAACAGGAUAUCGCCCCUCCAACCCUGCAAUUGUCUUCGACUUUCCCCUCCCCAAGGGCCAUACAAAGGAUGAACACCCCAUUAUGCACCCUGAAGUGCCACAGGAUCUUGCCUUUGAUAGAAGCCAAAAUCUGGCCACAGUCACAUCGGGACUUAAAAUUGACUAGUAUUGAAAUCUAAGAUUACCUAAAAACCAGUUUUAAUUUG